AUGUUGAAUACAGCCAGCGAAGUCCGCUAUUUCCAUAACUUCCGAGGCACAAUAGUGAGGCUCGUUAGCUGGCAUACUUCACCAUAUGUGAGUUUAGAUUUUGGGGGAGCCGUCGAAGGUGAUAUCCUGUACAUUAUUAAGCCACUAGAUUAUUACAAUGUGAGAGAUAUUUUACUUCAUACAUUGAAGAAGAAGGAUAACGAAGUGGAACAUAAACACCAGGAUGAGGAGAAGAAAAUGGAGAGUACGAAAAGCCGCAUGAAUGUUAAGGUUGAGCAUGAAGCUUCAGUAACCAUCACAAACCUGACCCCACAACUGGUGAUGGCCCCAAUUAGGGGUAUGUGGGUGGUUCAAUUCUAUGAAGAUCUUUUUGGUGCUAGGUUGAUUCGGUACAACAAAUUCGAGCCACAACAUUUGUGUGCGCUGAAGUGGAGGUUGGAUCAUACAAAUUCAUCAUCACAAACAAGAACUAUCAGUGAGUAA